AUGCAAGCCGCAAGCGGCACCGAGGCGAAGCCGGCUUUCUGUUCUCAGAUUAGUAACAAGAUGUUAGAUUCAUGGUACAAUCGCUCAGUACAUCAGGGAGAAGAUGAGGAUGAAGAGGAGGAAGAAGAAAUAGAGAGCCAGGAAGAAGUUGUUAAUUACAAAACUCAGUACAGAAACUUGAAAAGGAAACUGAAGUAUUUAAUUUAUGAGAAUGAAUGCUUCCAAGAAACACUGAAAAACAUGCAAAGGCAACUCUUGAAAGCAACAAGAGACCGCAGUUUCCUCCUAGAUAGAUUACUUCAAUAUGAGAAAGUAGAUGUGACAACUAGUGAAAGUGAAGAGACUGAAUCUUCUGAUGAAGCUGAAACUCCUCGACCUGAUCCAGUGAGGAGGAAGAAACCAGAGUCAAACGUAAACAGUCACAGUGCAUCUGGCCAAUCCUCGGGCAGUGGAUCAAAAGGGCAAAGUGCAGUAAAGAAACGAAGACCUAACCCAAAGUCGUCUGCAAAGCAAAAUAGUGUGCCUCCUUUGCAGGUGUUUGGAAAUGUACCCGUUUCAAUGUUACCUGAUGGCCAUAUGACUUCUGAAGAGGUAGACCGACAUUUGGAAUCUCGCCAGUCCUACAUGGAACCUGUUCCUGAAAAGGCCCUGUCUUAUGUUCCUACUGAGAUGUUCAGUAAUGAUCCCUCCUUAGACAGUGAAUCCAAUGAAAUAUUUGAAUUAGAAACCUCUCCAAGCAACAUGGGUGAAGAUUGCUUGAGUGUUGACAUGAUACCAGAGUGAAAUCUGUAUUAAAAAGCAGUAUUUAUCAUGUUCAUGCAUAGAAAUGACACACACUUCGGUGGAGUAUUGAUUUUUAUCCAUAAAUGUGUGCAAUAGAAAUGCUGAUAAACGAGAUGUUACAUUGUACUCAAAAGGUGCAAGUUUUCUUAUCAAGUUUGUAUUGACAAGCUUGCAGAAAUUACAAAAGAUUGCAGUGUUAAGUUCUUGUGAAUCAAUGAACAAACUUGUCAGAAAAUAAUGUUCUGAUGUAAAUGAAUUCAUGUAUGUUAAAAUACUGGGUGUAUUUUAAAUUGUAGAUCAGUUUUUUGUAAUAAAGCUGUAUUUUUUACCUCUUUAUUUUAAA